AGCAAAAUUGUAAUCAACACAUAAACCACCUUCAGAGAAAUUCACACCUUAAACCAAAAACUUUUGAAAGUUACUGUACACAACACCCAUUGUUCAAAAUGUGCGGAGGAGCAGUUAUUGCCGAUUACAUAACGCCGUCCCGAUCCAGGAGAUCCUCUAAGUCUACCUGGAGACGCGACGACGUCGUUGACUUGACGCUCGACGACUUCGAGGGAGAUUUCGACGAGUUCGAGGCGGAGAACGACGAUAUCUACGGAUUCUCAACGGCCAAGCCUGCCGCUCCUCUCCGCCGCUCCUCUCCUCCACAAGAAGAUCGGAGGAAGAAGAAGAAGAAGAGUAGCGAGUACAGAGGAAUCAGGAGAAGGCCAUGGGGAAGAUGGGCGGCUGAGAUUCGAGACCCAAUAAAAGGCGUUCGAGUUUGGCUCGGGACGUUCAACACUGCUGAAGAUGCUGCAAGAGCUUAUGAUCUCGAAGCUAAGAGGAUCCGUGGAGCCAAAGCUAAGCUCAACUUCCCUAACGAAUCGCCUUCAAGAAAGCGUAAAGCUUCUUCUUCUUCUUCUUCUUCUUCACCACAGCCUCAGGUUAAGAUAGAGGAGAAGCAAGAGGUUGCAGUGGCCAGUAGCAUGUGGGAGGGGGACACGAUUCAGGUAGAUACACAGUGGCUUGAAGAUGCCAUCAAGGGCGGUGAGGAGGAGGGGAAGAAGCAGAAGGGUUGUGAUGGUGAAGCUGACGUGAAUGCUUUGCUUUCGGAAGAGCUUCUUGCUUUUGAGAAAGAGACGGAGUGUUUCUUCCAGAUGCCGUUUAUGGAGGGGGGAAACUGUGUGAGCAGUGUGUUUGAGGGAGAUGAUGUCUUGGAUCUUUGGUCUUGAAUGGUUCUUUUGUACUCUAAUGACAUGAAGUCUUUUGGUGUUGUAUUUGUAUAAAUGAGAUUCUUGUUCUGCUUUGUGUGUGUUAUGAGUCUUUGUAACUGUGAUUCUUCUCCCUUGUCAAUGUAAAAUAGCUUUAAUUUUUUCUAGCUAGUCAAUAUCACCUAGCGACUGUAACCACUUGCGGAACAUAUGAUCUAAACUUGUAACCUCAGUUAGGGCAGAGGAAGGAACAUUAACCUAACUUCUGGUGCUAUAGCUUGCUGUGCACGCCUUUAUAGAUGAGAUCGUUUCUAAUCUUUCCAUAGUCCCCAAAGCAUAUCCACGGAAAGAGCAUGGAAGUUUCUAUCUUCCACGGCUGAUCCAGAGGAAAGGAAAAGCACACCAUUGGAGGACAUGAAACUAGUGAUUAACACCUGGAAUAGUUUUGAGAAUGGACAAAGAAACAGACGGUGGUUUUCACUGUUUAUAUUCCUGAGCAUAAGGACUCUUUGGGAGGUGUCUAUGAGCCAGGUUUGCCUAGAAUGAUAAGCUAUUCCACAUCAAGUUCUUCACUUUGGGACUAGUUUCUGCCUUGUUGCAGGAACAAUGGUUGCAGACUCAAAUCAGAAUCUUCCUAACUAUAUACUUACCAAUCUUCAGCUUGUGGGAAAGAGGAGCUAGAUUUGGUGAAACCGACCAGAAUAAGAUAUGUUUUGCAAUUUUUGGGAUUCACAAGUUUCAUUUGAUCAGAAUUGUUGUAAAGAACCAGAAGCUCAAAACUAUAUUUAUAACAAAACGUACGAGAUAAAUAUAGUAGAAAUUCCAUUCAAAACAAAAAGUGCAAAACAGAAAUACCCUAAAUGUCUUGUCCUAAAGAGAGGAUUGAAAGAGACAGAGAGAGCUGUGAUUCGAUAACUCUUCAAUUUCCAACAGCAAC